AUGUCGCACGUCAUGGCGUUAGCCUCAGCUUCGAUAGAUUCCCUCCCAAACGAGGUCCUCAUCCAAGCGCUCAGCUCUUUCUCGACUCGCUCGCUGCUGCCGUAUGCUGGUGUUUGCCGACGUUUCCGUGGACUCGUUGGCCGUCUUCACUAUUACCGCCUUGUUGAGGCUACUGUGCUCCAGGACCAUGAGGUGAUUCUCGAGUCCUAUCAUCCAAGCAACAAGAUCUCGACCCCAUCUCUGUUAUGUGCCUUCCUUGGCACAGAUGGUCUGUCGGAAGCUGGCGAGGAUGCGAGCCUUGAACAACUAAACCGCCUCUACACGCGGUUUCGACCGUACGUCAGCGAUGAUUACAGACGGCCGCGUUCUCGAUGGCCUACCCUCGAGGUUCAUGAGGGUACACAGGAGCCACAGGUCGAGGUACCAUCUCACGAUGUCAACCUUGAAUCAGGCGAGCUCUUCUCACAGCUCUGCACCCUCACCAAUAUGGUCAAGGUAGGACCGCGGCGGGGCUUGUUUCUAAGUAUAGCCAACAUCAGCGACGGGGUGAUCCGCAUCUGGCGUGACUGGCUCCAGAACGAGGCUGCCAAGUCAACAGCAGUGCAGCAGCAGCAAGCGAGUCCGAGUUUGGAUGAUUCGUCCAUGUUGUGGACUGACUCAUCCAAGAACGUCGGGCUUAGGUUCCGCGUCGUCAACAAUGGCAAUGGCCAGGCCCCCAUACUCAUCGGCCCAAACGACGAGUUGCCUGUAUCUUAUACGUUGGAGUACCAAGAGUUGAUCAUCCGGACGAACCAGUUGGUUCUCAGUCUAGAGACCUCCAAGGCUCAUCAAGUCAAUCACGCAGGUAAAGCACUCGUCAUUGCUUCUAUGUGA